UUAUUCCCUCCCAUUUUUUUUAUUGUUUAUUACAUACAUACAUUCCCAUGAUGUUCUUGAAUCAAUGAAUUAAUCUCUCUCAAGAUCUAUAUCUAUACAUAUAAUCCCAAACAAUAUCUGUAUCUGUAUAUAUAUAUUGAGCUCAACUGAUGAUCUGAUCUGAUCUGAAUUCGAUACAAAUUAAUCAAUGACGACGACGCCGCCGGGCCUCGGCGGCCAAUCACGAUGCGGGUGGCUACUGGGUCCAUCACUGGACAAGAUGAUAAAGAAUGCAGCGUGGCGAAAACACUCUCACAUUGUAUCCGCUGCGAAAUCGGCGUUAGACAUACUCCAAACCCUAACUGAUGAUCCCACUUCCUCAUCCACCCCUCUUUUCGGUGUCGGUUCCCUUUCCGAUGCCGAAUCCCUUUUCCUUCCUUUAAUCCUCGCUAUCGAUUCCAAUUCUCCGAAAGUCGUCGAGCCUGCACUCGACUGCUGUUACAGGCUAUUCUCGCUGCGACUUAUUCGUUGCGAAAUUGACCCACAGUCGCAAUCACAGUCGCAUUUGCUUGUUUUCCGGCUUAUUGAUUCGAUAUGUAAGUGUAGUGGUGUAGGAGAAGAGGGUGUUGAGCUUGCGGUUUUGAAGACGUUGUUGUCGGCUGUUAGGUCGACUACUGUGUUAAUUAGGGCGGAAUGUUUGAAUCAGAUAGUAAAGACUUGUUAUAAUGUGUAUCUUGGUGGUGUGAAUGGGACGAAUCAGAUCUGUGCUAAAGCGGUUUUGGCUCAGAUGAUGGCGAUUGUUUUUGCUAGGGUGGAAGCUGAUACUUUGUUAGCUACUUUCAAUACUGUUUCUGUUACGGAAUUGUUGGAGUUUAACGAUAGGAAUUUGAACGAAGGGAGUUCAAUACAUUUUGCUCAGAAUUUAAUUAAUGAAGUUGUUUUUACUAAUGCGGUUGAGCUUGAUUCGCCAAAACCUACAUCACCUGUAAAGCAGAACGAGAACGAGAAAGGUGGUAGUGAUUUGUCUCCUGACGCGGGUGAAUCGGGUGAUAAAGAUGAUUUGAGUAGUUAUUCUAAGAUCAGAGAUGAUGGGGUUAUGGUUUUUAAGAAUUUGUGUAAGUUGUCGAUGAAGUUCUCUUCUCAAGACCAGUCGGAUGAUCAGAUUCUUUUGAGGGGAAAGAUGUUGUCUUUGGAGCUGUUGAAGGUAAUUAUGGAUAAUGCUGGUCCGAUAUGGCGUACAAAUGACAGGUUCUUAAAUGUGAUCAAACAGUUUCUUUGCUUGUCUCUACUAAAGAACAGUGCAUUGUCAGUCAUGUCAAUAUUUCAGCUGCUCUGUUCUAUAUUUCAGAGCUUAUUAACAAAGUACAGAUCCGUAUUGAAGUCAGAAAUCGGGAUAUUUUUCCCUAUGCUCAUCCUCCGUGUGCUUGAAAAUGUCCUUCAACCUAGUUUCAUACAGAAGAUGACAAUCCUGAAUCUAUUGGAUAAAAUAUCUCAGGAUUCACAGAUUAUGAUUGACAUUUUUGUCAACUAUGAUUGUGAUGUUGAUUCUCCAAACAUAUUUGAAAGGACUGUGAAUGGUCUUCUGAAAACUGCUCAAGGACCACCUCCUGGUUCUACUACCACCUUGUCUCCAGUACAUGAUCUAACAUUUCGGCUUGAAUCAGUUAAGUGCUUGGUUAUAAUCAUCAAGUCUAUGGGAGUUUGGAUGGACCAACAGUUUAGGAUAGGUGAAUUUGGUCUACGCAAUACAUCUGAUAAUGAUAGUGUCAUUGAGAGCAACACAAGUCUCGGAGGAGAUGAAAUCAGUCUCCCUGAUUUUGAGUUGCACCAAGAAGCGAAUUCUGACCAUUCGACUGCUACUCUAGAGCAACGUCGAGCUUAUAAGUUGGAACUCCAGAAAGGUAUUUCCCUGUUCAACAGAAAACCUUCGAAGGGUAUUGACUUUCUAAUAAGUCACAAAAAGAUUGAUGGAACUCCUGAAGCAGUUGCAUUAUUUUUGAAGAACACUACUGGUCUUAAUGAGACUGUGAUUGGUGACUAUCUGGGUGAAAGGGAAGACUUCUCAUUAAAAGUUAUGCAUGCUUAUGUGGAUGCCUUUAUUUUUGAUGGAAUGGACUUUGGUGAGGCUAUUAGAUAUUUUCUAAGGGGUUUCAGAUUACCCGGCGAGGCACAGAAGAUUGACCGUAUCAUGGAGAAAUUUGCAGAGCGCUAUUGUAAGUGCAAUCCUAAUUCGUUUACUAGUGCUGAUACAGCGUACGUUCUUGCCUAUUCCGUUAUAAUGCUGAAUACCGAUGCUCAUAACAGCAUGGUGAAAGACAAGAUGAGCAAAACUGACUUUAUCCGGAACAAUCGUGGGAUUGAUGAUGGAAAGGACUUACCAGAAGAAUAUUUGGGCGCUCUGUAUGAUCAAAUUGCGAAGAAUGAAAUCAAGAUGAAAGCCGACACUUCAGCACCACAGAGCAAGCAAACAAACAGUGUCAAUAGAUUACUGGGCUUGGAUGGUAUACUUAAUCUUGUUUGGAAGCAGACCGAGGAAAAACCGCUGGGUGCGAAUGGAGCCCUUAUAAGGCACAUUCAAGAGCAGUUCAAGUCGAAAUCGGGAAAAUCAGAGUCUACCUACUAUGCUGUUGCAGAUGCAGCAAUAUUAAGGUUUAUGGUGGAAGUCUGCUGGGGCCCAAUGCUUGCUGCCUUCAGUGUAACUUUAGACCAGAGCAAUGAUAAAGAAGCCACUAAUCAUUGCUUACAGGGCUUUAGGCAUGCUGUGCAUGUUACUGCAGUCAUGGGCAUGCAGACACAGAGAGAUGCAUUUGUCACUACUGUCGCAAAGUUUACAUACCUACAUUGCGCAGCAGAUAUGAAGCAAAAAAAUGUUGAUGCUGUCAAGACAAUAAUAGCAAUUGCCAUAGAAGAUGGAAACUAUCUUCAAGAUGCCUGGGAACACAUCUUGACUUGUUUAUCUCGAUUUGAGCAUUUGCAACUAUUGGGAGAGGGUGCUCCAUCUGAUGCAUCCUUUUUAAGUGGAUCAAAUAGUGAAACCGAAGAUAAAUCACUGAGGUCCAGUUUUACGACAUUGAAAAAGAAGGGAACCCUACAGAAUCCAGUUGUAAUGGCUGUUGUUCGAGGCAGUUCGUAUGAUAGCACUUCUCUGGGAGCUAAUACCUCAGGAUUGGUGAGCCCAGAUCAAAUUAACAACUUCAUUUCAAAUUUGAACCUGCUUGAACAGAUAGGAAAUUUUGAGCUUAACCACAUCUUUGCUCAUAGUCAAAGAUUAGACAGCGAAGCAAUAGUCGCUUUUGUGAAAGCCCUUUGUAAAGUUUCAAUGUCAGAAUUACAGUCCCCCACAGACCCAAGGGUGUUCAGCCUGACGAAAAUAGUUGAAGUUGCGCACUACAACAUGAACCGUAUCAGAUUAGUGUGGUCUCGCAUAUGGAGUGUCCUUUCAGAUUUCUUUGUGUCAGUUGGCUUGUCAGAAAACCUCUCAGUUGCCAUCUUUGUCAUGGAUUCGUUGCGUCAACUGUCUAUGAAAUUCCUCGAGCGAGAAGAGCUGGCAAACUACAACUUUCAAAAUGAAUUUUUGAGACCCUUCGUAAUUGUCAUGCAGAAGAGUAACUCUGUGGAGAUCAGGGAAUUAAUAGUUCGCUGCCUCUCACAAAUGAUCCUCAGUCGGGUGAAUAAUGUUAAGUCUGGGUGGAAAAGCGUUUUCAUGGCAUUAACAGCUGCCGCUGCUAAUGAAAGGAAGAACGUUGUGUUGUUGGCAUUUGAGACCAUGGAGAAAAUAGUACGCGAAUAUUUUCCAUAUAUAACGGAGACAGAGACUGCAACUUUUACCGAUUGUGUCAGAUGCCUCAUUACCUUCACUAACAGCAGAUUUAACAGUGACGUAAGCCUUAACGCCAUUGCUUUUCUACGCUUCUGUGCUGUCAAACUUGCAGAAGGAGGUCUUAUUUGCAAUACAGAAAAUGCUAAUGCCGCUACUGCUGAGAAUGAUUCCAGUACAAUAUCUGUGAAGGAACCUGCUGCUGCUGCCGCUGAGUUACAAACUUCAAUGGACAAAGAUGAGAAUGCAUCCUAUUGGAUUCCUUUGCUGACUGGUCUAUCUUUGUUGACAUCUGAUCCUAGAUUAGCUAUAAGAAAGAGUGCUUUGGAAGUGCUUUUCAACAUAUUGAAGGACCAUGGUCAUCUUUUUUCUCGCUCAUUUUGGAUUACUGUUAUCAAUUCAGUAAUUUUUCCCAUCUUCAAAAAUGUUAGUGACAUGAAAUGGAAAGAGAGUAACGAUCAGUCUCCACCAAGUACCUGGGAUUCUGAAACAACAUCUGUGGCAACUCGUUGUUUAAUAGAUUUAUUUGUCAAUUUCUUUGGUGUUAUGAGGUCUCAUUUAGGGACAGUGACAUCACUUUUAGCAGGAUUGUUGAGAAAUCCAGGUCAAGGCUUUGCUACUACUGGAGUAUCUGGAUUAAUGCGUUUGGUGGGUGAUUUGGGAGGCAUGUUCAGUGAAGAUGAGUGGGCAUCCAUCUUCCUUUCUUUGAAAGAAACAUCAGCUUCAAUGUUGCCAGGUUUCCUAAAACUUAUAAGAAUUAUGGAUAGGAUUGAGAUUAACAUGCCUGAUGUUGCUCAUUCCUAUGACGAUGAUGGAGGAGACACUACAUUGACCAGUAGCAAUGGUACAGUCGAAGAUUAUGAGGAUGACAACUUGCAGACGGCAGGAUAUAUUGUUUCACGAAUGAAAACCCAUAUAUCUACGCAACUACUUAUCAUGCAGGUGACAACUGAUCUGUACAAUUCGCACCAGCAGUUGUUAAAGGCCUCAAGUGUGAAGAUUGUGCUUGAAAUAUUUUCACAGACAGUGUCUCAUGCUCAUGAAUUGUGCUUAGAAACAGGUCUACAUCUUAAGCUGCAGAGAGCAUGCUCCAUCCUUGAGAUUCCAGACCCACCUGUAGUACAUUUUGAAAAUGAAUCGUGUCAAAAUAUAUUAAACCUAUUGCACCAUUUACUAAAAAGCGACCCAUCUUUAUCAGAGGAGAUGGGUAUUGAAGUUCGGCUAUUUUCAAUAUGUGAAGAAGUUAUAAAAAUAUACCUAAACUGUUCUAGACUGGAACAGCAGAAACCAGUUACUGUUCAUUGGGUCCUUCCGUUGAAUUCAGCAGUGAAGGAAGAGUUAGGGGCACGGACAUCAUUGCUUGUGUCAGCAUUGAAGGUUUUGAGUGAAGUAGACAAAGAUUGCUUUAGGAAGUAUGCGACUAGGAUAUUCCCGCUGCUUGUAGAGUUGGUGCGUUGCGAGCACAGCUCACGUGAAGUCCAACCUGUUCUAAGCAACUUGUUCCAGACAUGCAUAGGCCCAAUUAUAAUGAAAGUGUGACAUGCUUUCGUAAUUACAUACAGAUAUAUAAUAUCAUUAACAAUAUAUAUAAUAUAUGUUUGUAGUGUAGUGCCAUAUAGCCCCUGGCAAUGGCUUGAUAUAUAUCUUGCGCUCCAUUUUUGGUAACCAUAGUGUAAGGAGAGGAGAGGAGAGCAGUGGCUUUCAUUUAUGGUGCAUGUGUUGUAGUGUAUGGUGAUUCAUUUUAUUGAUUAAUUGAAAGAAUUUUUUAA